AUGUUUCUCCGUCGCAUCUCCUUGACAUUUGCGGCUCUAAACUUCGCAGUUGUCCAUGGUCAGAAUUUGCCAAAGGAGAUUGUCGGAUGUGCUGAUAUCGGUUGCCCUUUGCAAGAGAAUCGAUCUAGCAUUAACUGUAACGUCGUUGAUAAAUCUUUCUACACCAUCGGGCUAGCACGAAUUCCUGGCACUUCAACUGCUCUCAAUGGACUUUCAUGGACUGAAGGCGUUGCAGUCACAGAUGACGAACCAAACAAGAGCCGAACUUUUGAAAAGAACUUCUACCUCGGCACACCACCAAGCACCAACCUCAACGGUACCGGCGGAUGCGCCGUCUUUUUCAACAAGGCUCGCGGUGUCAAGUUCCCAGAAAACGGUAAUGACAUCAAGUCUUCAACAGGAAAAUGUCAAGAUGCCAUCGAUCCCUCUUGCCUUGAUGGAUUAUCCAAGACGGCCUUAGAUAUUGCAGAUGGCUUUAGCAUGUCGAGUCAAGAAGCAUGUCGGACCCUUCUCAACAGAUUCAAAGACAACUCGCCCAAAUCGUGCGACAACCUUCCUUGGGAUGGUCUCACUGUUUUGCGUAAGUUUGUCCCAUCCCCUUGCAAUGGGAAGUCCUAAAAGUAAUAUUUGUUGCAGCACUCUCGGGAGAAAAUGCGCCUGCCAAAAUCAACUCGACUGCGAACUCGACCUCCAACUGCUGGCCAAUCACACCUAAGGGCGACGACUUGACACUUGUCAAUACUGUCCCAAGUCAGGUAUGUCUCUUGCUGCUUCUUAUAAGACCAAACGCUAAUCCCACUGGAGAGCGAUUAUAAUGCCUCAACCAUUGAAGAAGCCCUCUACAGCAUCACCCCUAUUCUCACAGUUUUUUACCCAGGAAAUGGUACUCUCAUUGAUAAGCCCGAAGCUCAUUUUACAUGUUUGAAGGGCAUCACAAAUCUCAGCCCAGGAGCCAGAAAAGAAUCAAAUGGAACGACAGGCGGAGAUCCCAAGAAAAGUGCGGCUGCCGUGGUUAGUCCUAUUUUUGGUGCUGCUACCUUGACUUUGGCUUUGGGAUGUUCUUUUUUUAUUAUGUAG